AUGGAAGCCACACCUAGGGUCCCUGCUGUGUCCCGCCGACGCCGUCGACCGACUCUUGCCUGUGAACCGUGUCGUCGCAAGAAAACCAGGUCCAAAACAUCUCCCAGGUGCCCCAGAUUAUGUGAUCGGAAUAUUCCCUGCGAGCAAUGCUCCCGUUCCAGAUCCGAAGUAUGCACGUACCUCUGUGAUGACGACCACUUGACUGGCAGCGGUCGCGUGGCAGACCGUGUGAAACAAGCGCGCACGAACAGCAACCGCACCACAGGUGUCUCUAGAAACUCUCCCUCUACCCUUUCUAUCGCCCAUCCGGAGGCUGGGUUCAUUUCUUCCCGCGAUAUCACUGCGCCUUCUUUUGACCUUCCAGCACCAAGGUCGAGUUUUAUUCAAGAUUUACCACACGGAAAAAGCCCCGUCAAACACACCGAUGCCCUCAAGUCUCUAUACUCGGACAGGGAAUUUUCCCGCGGGACCAAAGCGUGUGAUAUCGCACCAGCAUCACCACCCACAACCCACGACGAGAGCUCAGCUGUUCGAGGAAUCUUCUCUAAAACAAGAUUCUUUGGCCAAAGCCAUUGGAUGAAUAGUGUGUAUCAUUUCUCUGAGGUUUACGAUAUUCUACGGAAAUUCGAUGCUGAUGGAACCUCCGACAUUCGUUCCACAUACAACAAUUGUAAGAAUUUAGCUAGGGCAAUAAAAGCCCGAGAGAUUGUCAACCAGCCUCUCUGGCCCAAUAUUCUUGACCAGGUUCCGUCGAGGAAAAUAGUUGACAUGCUGGUCCACGCAUAUCUCCGAACCUUCGAGUCUGUGUUCCGAAUACUGCACGUCCCGUCCUUUUUGCGGGAGCUCAGUAAUCACUGGGUUAACCCUAGCUCCUCAACUCAUGAAUUCAUUAUCAAACUACUGCUAGUGAUGGCUGCUGGCAUAAGCUUCUUGCCGGACCGCAAUGAAAUGGCACCCUGCCGCUCUACUCCUACACAGUGGAUAACAACUGCUGAGACUUGGCUCCAUUCACCUUUUGAGAAAUGCCGAAUCAACACGUCGGGCAUACAAAUAUACUGCCUUCUUCUUUUAGCUCGCCAAACAAAUGGGAUCGGAGGAGACCUUAUCUGGAUUUCUGCAGGUUCCUUAUUGAGAACAGCAAUGCAUAUGGGCCUCCAUAUUGGCCCCUCACGAUUGGUAGGGAUGUCUUAUUAUGAUCAAGAGAUCAGGAGAAGACUAUGGGCCACGGUGCUUGAACUACUCCUGCAGUCAAGCAUGGAUGCUGGUGGUUUGCCCCUCGUCCAAAUGCAAGAUAUCGAUUGCGAACCACCUUCGAAUUUGGACGAUGAACAGUUGGAUGAAUCAAACACAACGAUGACAGUUCCACAUCCAAAACCGUCGGAGGAAUAUACGAGGACGUCGGUGCAAAUUGCACUAAUGAAAUCAUUUCCAUUGAGGCUGGAGAUAGCGCGGCUCCUGAACGAUUUCCGGUCCGAAUCCACAUACGAGAAGACGCUGCAGCUCGCCUCCCGCCUCUCAUCUUUCUGCAGGGCCAAUCACCUUCUCAUACAAUCUUGGCGCACUGGUGUGGCCCAUCCCAGCACCUUCCAGGUCAAACUCCUUGAUCUUUUAAUGUACCGAUUUCUCCUCUCCCUGCACCAUCCCUUUGCGAUGAAAGCCAAAACCGACCCCACCUUGUAUUUUUCGCGGAAAAUAAGCCUGGAGGUGUCGAUUUCUCUUUUAUCUCGUAGGCAAUUGGCCGCUGAUUCGCCAUCCUUGGAUGAUGAUUACACGCGCCUUACAGUGAUUGGCACCGGAUUAUUCCGUAACGUUUCCGUACAAGCUAUCAGCACCGUCUGCGACGAACUUAUUCACCAACUGGAAGAAGAGCGGACUUCUUUCAUGCCCGUCUCCAGCUCCUUCCCGCGCCAUGAUUUGCGCAAAAUGGUUGAGGAGUACGUUGAGCUGCUUGACCUGCGGAUCAAAAACGGCGAGACAAACGUACGAGGGCAUUUGCUCUAUUCUUGUCUUCUAGCGCACAUUGACGCCCUCCAGACCAAAACUUCGAUAGAACAAUCCGUCGCGAAUGCGCUUAAGAAGAGUUUAAAUAGUUGUUAUUGCAGGCUCAAAGCCCGUGCGGACGAAAUAGGGGUAUCCCCGGCGGAUCUCGGGAUAGACCCUAUCACAGGUGGGCGCCUAGACGACUCAACCGGAGUAGAAGGGAUCCAGAACUGGAUCAUUUCUGAAGCAGCCCUUCAUGAUCCUGGGAUGGACUUUGACACAUUGAUCUCCAUGCUUCCGAGCGGAGCCUCUUAA